AUGGCGUCUUCAUUCAUGUAUUGGGAUAAAGGUACAGUGUAUCGGGCUGCAAUCACGGAUACGAGUGUAUCGACGCUGGUAGUCACUGGGGCUUCCAGCAAUACGAUCUAUGUGCACACAAAUGACAUUCUGCUGGCCUCCUAUAUGCUGUCUGCACAACCGGCCGAAAUCUUUGUGCUCGUGGCUCAACAGAAAGCUUUUAACGCCGGUAUUACGUGUAUCCUCGAUGUCAGGUGGUGCAUGUGUGAAGAAAGCUCGGACAAACGAUCAUUCUUUAUGUUGGAAUUUUCAAGCAGCCUGGACAACGCUACGUUUGAACUCCUCUUGUGUACGUCGUUUGCACAUACUUUUCUAUUUGUACGCGCUGACCGAAAACUAACACUGAAUUCGGAUGGUUUGGCAGCAUUUAAUCACGUGGGUCACGCAUAUGUUGGAGAUUUUAUCCGUGUGCACGCUUCGACUAACUCGCAGGAUCAAGUACUCCUCCUGAACGAAGUAUCUGGCAUUUCUGGGUCAAAUAGUUGCGAUAUUGCGAGCGAUGGAGGGCUCGAUAUGGGCACCGAAGAUGAACAACUUGUGAAGCGCAGUGUCCUUAUCAUGCAAAAAGUUGCAACACCGGAAGUGAAGCUUGCUUGUCAUCGACUGCGGCUGCGAGAAGGAAAGAAAUCCAAGCACGAAUCACGCUCCAAAAAGCGUCCCAGCAACAUUAAGAAAGAGAGUUCUAAGGGGGGCCAUGCAGGUUCGAAGCCACAACCAUUCCUCUACAUUGAGCGAACCCAAAAGGCCUCAUCUCGCGACAGGGGCGCUAUUCGCGCCGAAGACAGAACUGAUGGCGUUGAAGGUGCCCCCACUGCUUCGCAUGCACAGCUUGGCAAGCUGACCGAUUCUCUCACAACACGUCUGGACAAUGGAUUGCAAGAGUUAGAGCGUUUACAGAUGAUCGUGAACGAUAGGCGCUGCCUUGCCCGCCAGCUUAAUCAGCUGAUGGUCCGAGAAUGGCGACAGCAGCAGCAAACGGCAUAUUCCAGCAAGGAGAAUUCGCUGCUGGCGACUCUAGAUACUGGCAGCGGCAGGCAGUAUCGACCCUCAGGUCUAGAUCUAGAUAAUGUGGCAAAAUGUGUUGUUCGCGGCCGCCGCCAGCUCCGCCGGCACGCUUCGAGCCGCGCACGCGACCGGCAUUAG